AUGCUUCGUCACUUUCCCACAGCCCUUGCGUUGUUAGCAAGUGCUGUGUCGGGCGUUGCUGUCUCGGAGAAACAGUAUACGGCUACAGAUGCGAGGGAUGGCUGUCCAGGAUACGUUGCCUCUAAUAUCGUGCAGACUGGAACUGGCUUGAGUGCAAGCUUGAAGCUCGGGGGGACAGCUUGCAAUGUCCAUGGUACCGAUGUGCCUGAGUUGAAGCUCACCGUCAACCACGAUACUGGAUUAGAAUCACGACUUCACGUCAAGAUCGAAGAUGCAGGACAAAUCGCCUACCAGGUUCCCACCUCCGUCUUCCCAACUCCUAGCGCCAAUGGCUCCGUCUCCCCAGCGGCUGCCACGCUAGAGUUCUCCUACGAAACGUCGCCUUUCAGCUUCAAAGUCACGCGGAGAUCCAAUGGAGAGAUCCUCUUCGACACCAGUGCCGCGACGAUGAUAUUCGAGGACCAGUACCUACGACUCCGGACUGCGCUGCCGGACGACCCAAACCUUUACGGCCUCGGUGAACACACCGAUUCGUUGCGGCUCAACACCACGGGCUACACGCGCACCCUCUGGUCUCGCGAUGGCUACCUUGUACCGUCGGGACAGAACCUGUACGGUAACCACCCGAUCUACUUCGAUCACCGGGGCGAGAAGGGGACGCAUGGCGUCUUUAUGCUUUCUAGCGCCGGCAUGGACGUCAAGAUCAACCGCACGGAGCAGGACGGGCAAUACCUUGAAUAUAACAUGAUGUCCGGAAUUCUUGACAUGUACUUUCUCAGCGGACCGAGUCCGAUAGAUGUUGCAAAGCAGUAUUCGGAGGUCACCCGGAAGGCGGCUAUGAUGCCGUACUGGGGCUUUGGAUACCACCAGUGCCGGUAUGGCUAUAGGGAUUUCUACUCCAUCGCCGAGGUGGUGUAUAACUACUCGAUGGCGGGGAUCCCGUUAGAGACAAUGUGGACGGAUAUCGACUACAUGUACGAAAGGUAUAUCAUGACGACGGAUCCUGAUCGCUUCCCAGUUGCGAGAGUCAGGGAGUACGUCGACUAUUUACACGAUCACCAUCAGAAGUACAUUGUAAUGGUUGACCCUGCCGUGGCAUUUCAAACAGAGCGAGAAAAUGGAUUGCCAUAUGAGACUUUUUUGAAGGCCCGAGACCAGGGUAUCUUAUUGCAGAAGAACGGAUCUAUCUAUCAAGGUGUUGUUUGGCCCGGUAUCACUGCGUUCCCCGACUGGUUCCACCCCGACACGCAGAAAUUUUGGGACGACGAGUUCGCAGAGUUCUUCAACGCUGACACGGGUGUCGAUAUCGACGGACUCUGGAUCGACAUGAACGAGGCAGCCAACUUCAACUACUUUGGCGACGACCCGCAAGAGAGCGCCGAGGAGCGCGUUUCGAAUUUCACGCUCGACACCGACAUUGUACACUACGACGGGCACGUCGAGCUGGACGUCCACAACAUCUAUGGCGCGAUGAUGAGCGCGGCCUCACGUACUGCUCUCAUCAACCGUCGACCGCGCCGCCGUCCAAUGGUCAUCACGCGCUCGACCUUCGCCGGCUCUGGCCACACCGUGGGCAAGUGGCUUGGAGACAACAUGUCAACCUGGGAACUGUAUCGCAACUCGAUCCAAGGCAUGCUCGGUUUCGCAGCGAUCUACCAAGUCCCCAUGGUUGGCUCCGACGUCUGUGGCUUCGCCGGUAACACGACCGAGGUGCUGUGCGCGCGCUGGGCCACCUUGGGGGCGUUCAACCCCUUCUUCCGGAACCACAACGGCGACUAUUCGAGCCCGCAGGAGUUCUAUGUCUGGGCGAGCGUGACCGCGGCGGCCAAGAACGCCAUCGACAUCCGCUACCGGCUGCUCGAUUACAUCUACACGGCCCUGUACCAGCAGAGCGUCGACGGCACCCCGCUCCUCAACCCGAUGUUCUUCCUCUAUCCCGCGGACCGCCACACCGUCGGCGUGGACCUCCAGUUCUUCUACGGCGACGCCCUCCUCGUCUCGCCCGUCACGGAGGAGAACGCCACCCACGUCGAGAUCUACCUCCCGCGCGACACCUUCUACGAUUUCAAGACGUACGCGAAGAUCGAAGGGGAGGGCGCGAAGCUCAACCUGACGGACAUCCCGCUCACCGAGAUCCCGCUGCACGUCCGCGGCGGCUGCGUCGUUCCGAUGCGCAACGCUUCGGGCGCUACCACCACCGACGUGCGCGCGCAGCCGUUCAACUUCUUCGUGGCGCCCGAUGCGGAGGGGAGAGCCGUCGGGCGGCUGUAUCUAGAUGACGGCGAGAGUCUCGUGCAGGAAGCCACGAGCGAGAUUGCGCUGACGUAUGGCGACGGGGAGCUGCUCGUCGGAGGCUCCUUCGGGUACCGGGCCGAGGGGAACUGGCUGCAUGAGGUGAUUGUGCUGGGUGUUGAGGUGGAGCCCGAGGGCGCGUACUGGAGCCAGGGGGUUGUGGAUGGGGGGGCGACGACGGUUUGGGUUGCUUGUCCUCUCGGUGAGGGGUGGAGGUGGGAUGCUGAGAGGAAGGCGUUGAUAAUUAAGGUCGGGAGGAUGUUGGAUGAGGCGAUCCGGGUGAAGUUCGAAGGCGGGCUUGCUCAGAAGCCGACCGCUUCUGAAGUUGCCACCACGGACGUCGUUAGGACAGUCCUCAAUAGCCCGGGUCCCAACGUCUACUUUUCGCAAGUGACGCCGUUCCGAGCUCAAGAGGCUUCUACACAGGGGGGGAGCGUGCGUCGAUGGCUAUUGAAAGAGGACCUUACGUCCAACGAGAUGCACGACGAAGCGCUUGAGAUGUUCAUAGAGCGCAGAGAAGCAGGCCUGAAGACGCUUACUGGGGAAGAGCUCGCCGAAUCCGACAAGCAGAUGAUAUGGGCCCAGAGAGGGCGAGAGAAAGGCUACCCCAGCUUGAAUCAACUUGAGGACGAGAUCUAG